UCCAGUUACUUCUCAGUUGCUUCUCUUUGUGGAAGAAAAGUGAGUAACCUCCAUGGAAGAUACUCAGGAUUUAAAUGAACAGUCAGUGAAAAAAACGUGCCCAGAUUUAGAUGUUUCAGAAUCUCAGAAUUCCAGAUCUAUGGAAAUGCAGGAUCUAGCGAGUCCUCAUAAUCUUGUGGGAAGCAGUGAAGCACCAGGUAGUUCUAAACUGGAGAAAUCUAAUCUUAGCAACACAUCUGUUACAACAAAUGGAACAGGCGUGUCUCUCCUUGCAGUCAAAACAGAGCCUAUGAACAGUAAUGACUCAACAACAACAACAAGUGGAGAUGGAUCUCUUGACAAUUUUACUGGGUCAGUGAUAACAAGUAGUGGCUACAGUCCAAGAUCAUCACAUCAAUACUCACCGCAGCUAUAUCCCUCCAAGCCCUAUCCACAUAUUCUUUCUACGCCAGCAGCUCAAACAAUGUCUGCCUAUGCCAGUCAGACCCAGUAUUCAGGAAUGCAGCAACCAGCAGUGUAUACAGCCUACUCACAGACUGGGCAACCUUACAGCUUACCUGCUUACGAUUUGGGUGUAAUGUUGCCGGGCAUCAAGACAGAAAGCGGACUUUCACAAACACAAUCACCAUGCAGACUAUGCCUUAGUUACAGCCCAGGGUUCUCCACACCACAGCCAGGCCAAGCUCCAUAUUCAUACCAAAUGCCAGGUUCUAGUUUUACACCAUCCUCCACUAUUUAUGCAAACAAUUCAGUAUCAAAUUCUACAAACUUCAAUAGUUCACAACAGGAUUAUCCAUCAUAUGCAGCUUUCAGCCAAAAUCAAUAUCCACAGUAUUAUUCAGCAUCAACAUAUGGAACAUAUAUGACAUCAAAUAACACCACAGAUGGUACCUCUUCAUCCUCAUCAACAUACCAGCUUCAAGAAUCUCUUCCAGGUCUUACUACCCAACCAGGAGAGUUUGAUGCUGUGCAGAGCCCUUCAACUCCAAUCAAAGAUCUUGAUGAAAGAACGUGUAGGAGUUCUGGGUCAAAAUCAAGGGGCAGAGGGAGAAAAAAUAACCCAUCUCCUCCUCCUGAUAGUGACUUGGAGCGUAUAUUUGUUUGGGAUUUGGAUGAAACUAUCAUUGUCUUCCAUUCGCUUCUUACAGGAUCUUAUGCACAGAAAUAUGGAAAGGAUCCACCUGUAGCAGUGACUCUUGGACUUCGCAUGGAAGAAAUGAUUUUUAAUCUUGCUGAUACUCAUUUAUUUUUCAAUGAUUUAGAGGAAUGUGAUCAAGUACAUAUAGAUGAUGUAUCAUCAGAUGACAAUGGACAAGAUCUAAGUACCUACAGUUUUGCAACUGAUGGCUUCCAUGCAGCUGCAAGUAGUGCAAACCUUUGUCUGCCAACAGGUGUAAGAGGAGGAGUUGACUGGAUGAGGAAGCUGGCAUUCCGUUACAGAAGAGUCAAAGAAUUAUAUAAUACUUAUAAAAACAAUGUAGGAGGACUUCUUGGCCCUGCAAAAAGAGAUGCAUGGCUACAGUUAAGAGCAGAGAUUGAAGCUCUCACUGACUCCUGGCUGACCAAUGCACUUAAAUCAUUAUCAAUUAUUAGUACAAGGAGUAACUGUGUAAAUGUCUUGGUAACAACAACUCAACUUGUACCGGCUCUAGCAAAAGUGCUUCUGUAUAGUUUAGGAGGUGUUUUUCCUAUUGAAAAUAUUUACAGUGCAACUAAAAUAGGAAAAGAAAGUUGCUUUGAACGAAUAAUGCAAAGGUUUGGCAGAAAAGUAGUAUAUGUUGUAAUUGGGGAUGGUGUAGAAGAAGAACAGGCAGCCAAAAAGCAUAACAUGCCUUUCUGGAGAAUAUCUAGCCACUCCGACCUCCUGGCUCUACACCAAGCAUUGGAAUUAGAGUAUUUGUAACUGUUCUUUUUUUAUACAUAUUUCAAAGUACAUUGAUUAUUUUUUUUACUUUGGAUAUGGUGACUCUGGCUUUCCACAUAUUAUCGUCUUAAAAAGAAAGCAAUACAUGGAUUCCAUUGCAAAGAAUUCAGAUCACUGAAUGGAGACACACGUUUUAAUACGACAUAAGGAUUCUCUACAUGGUCUUAUAUAUUCAACAUUUUGAUGAUUAAAGAACUAGAAAAAUGGUUGCUGGUACACACCAAAUGAGUCCUAGCCAGAGUGAACAAGGUUUGCAAUAGACAAGAAGAAGAAUGAAUGCAUUUUGUGAAUGACAAGGGUGGUAUUCAACAACAUUCCUCACAAUGGGAUAUAUUCUCAGCACGGAGGUUUGAAUCGAACUUUAGGCUACCUACCUGACCCAGAGAAUUGGGAUGCACUUGG